AUGAAUUAUUACAACCAGAAACUUAUUAAUAGGAUAAAUAAAAAUGAAAAUGACUCAAAUUUUGUUAAUGAAAACAAUUUAAAUAACCCAUAUAUAAACAAAAAAACAUUUGAAAACAAUUAUAAGCCUAACUUAAUUCCUAAUAUCCCAUACGAAAACAAUUUAUAUCAAAAUAACUUAAUAAAUAAGAAUUUUAAUUAUUCUAAUAGUAAUAAUAGCAAUAAUUUAAUAACAAAUCCUUUUAGUAAUCAAUCAAAUGUAAAUAAUGAAACAAAUAAAAGCAGUGAUACUUUUAAUAAUUAUACUAUAACAAAUAAAAAUACACCUUUUAAUAACGUGAAUAAAAAUGAUUUAAAUAAUAAAAAAAAGGAAAAUGAACAAAAUCAGGAAAAAGAAGAAGAAGAAGAAGAAUUACCUUUACUCGAAGAAUUAGGAAUAAAUUUUGAUUUAAUUUCUAAGAGAAUGAAAUCCGUUUUUAUGUUUUAUAAAAUUGAUCAUUCAUUAUUUGAAAAUUCUGAUUUAUCUGGACCAUUACUAAUAGUUCUUUCUUUAGGAUUCAUAUUAUUAUUAGCAGGAAAAGCUUCAUUUAGUUACAUUUAUUUAAUUGGAAUCAUAAGUAGCUUAAGUAUUUAUUUACUAUUGAAUAUGAUGAGUCAAAAUUUAACACUGGAUUUAUAUCGAACAAUAAGUAUGUUGGGGUACUCAUUGUUACCUUUGGUUAUUUUAUCAAUUAUAUCUAUUCUUAUAAAUUUAAGAUCAAAAAAAGGGUAUACCAUUUCUUUUUUUUGUAUUUUAUGGUCAGCUUUGACUGCUUCAAGAUUUUUUGAAGUGGCUUUAUGUAUGAAUAGUCAAAGAUACUUGGUUGCAUAUCCCAUAUUUUUAUUAUAUUCUUGUUUUGCGUUAAUUAUUAUUUUUUAG